ACUGAUGCGGAUGUAGACCAGGGAGCCAGACACACACACACAUGCCAGCAGCCUCCUCAUGCCUCCUGGGUUCUCCCCACGGCUAUCCGUACCAGGCUCCCGGCUGCACUCCAUCCCCGCCGCUGCCACACCCCGCCCGAGAUGAGUGGCCUCCCCGCGCUCUGGAAACCAGAGGGUACUGGUGGUGAAGGGGAACCCCUCUGCGAGACACAGUACCCAACAUUUGACGACCUGUACGACAAAGACGAUGACUUCCUCCCCCUGCAAUCCCAAGAAGAUGAAGAAGACCCUGAGGACUUAUCCACCUCUGCAACAGACACACCCGUCACCAUAGCAACAGAUGCCAACCAAUCAGCAAACGAAGCAAUGCCCGAGACGGAGGGGCCUUCUGAAGAAGGCCUGUCUCAGAACCAACCAAAUAAGUGCCUGACAGAAAAUAAUUCAGAAGUGCCUGACUCUUCCACGUCAACAAGUGGUGCAACCAAUAGAAACCAAGCUGCUGCUAGUAGUAAUAGUUCUAUGGAAACAAAAGAUUCAAACAACAAUGCAGAUGAGGCAAGGUCACCCUCAGCUUCAAGGUCGUCUGAUGAACUUACGAUUGACCUGAGCGUGAAGCAAGGUCAGUCCUUAGAUGUGACCAGUGCUCCCAGUGAAGUUAGCUCCUCCUCCUCUGCUUCUAAUCAUCCUGUCAGAGGGAACGAGGGGACAACAACUAAGAAGAAAAAGCGGAAGAAAGAAGUUGGUGCAGACGGGGAUGGUGCAUACCCAGUAAAGGUUCAAGGUCGGAACAGGUUCAACCCGGACAAGAUGGAGGCUGGUCCGUUCCCCUGCCAGGUGUGUGGGGAAGUGUUCCAGGCCCCCCACGAGCUGACCAUCCACAUCCGCCAGCACAACAUGGAGGACAACUCCGGCUCGCACACCUGCAAACUGUGCGGCAAGACGCUCAGCUCCCAGAGCAGUCUGGACAGGCACAUGCUGGUCCACUCCGGGGAGAGGCCCUUCAAGUGCAAGGUGUGCAAGAUGGCGUUCACCACCAAUGGCAACAUGAACCGUCACAUGCGUAUCCACGAGAAGGACGGCGAGCUGCCGCCCCCCACCCCGGAACCCCGGCAGCGUACGCCCUCCAAACGCCCAUACUACGAUCAGGACGAGGACUGGUCGCCCCGGAAGAAGGUUUCGUCCGUUGGGAGGAAGUCGGUGACGGAUGGAGGAGAGAAGGAGGGAGAGGAGGAGAAGGAGCCCGAGCAGCUGGCCUGUCCGAUCUGUGCGAAGACUUUCAUCUGUCGCUUUGGCCUGCAGUCCCACAUGGAGACUCAUCCAGACACCUCAGUCAGGUGCAACCUGUGCCAUUGUGCCUUCCGCAAUCACAGAGGACUCUCCAAGCACAAAGCGAUGGUCCACAAGCCCAAGCUCAAACCAUCCUCGUCCUCAUCUCGAUCCUCCUCCCCAUCCCUGAACGGCAACAAGCAAGCCGUCAUGGGCUUCCAGGAGCUGGGCUUCACGGCCUUUUCCAGCCGCAAGUUCCCUCUCAUCGUCAAGACGUGGUGCGAAAACAAUGAACACAAGUGCAACAGUGCCUUACCAAAGUUUGUCUGCCAGGAGUGCGGGAAGUCCUUCCCCCUUCCUAAAGCCUUACUCCUACACAGGAAAGAACACAGUGAAAGUGGCGUAAAGAAAGAAGAGGUUACGGAUGAUGAGAAUGACAAGUCGGCCUUUCUGAAGUCACUGAACCUCUGCCCCCAGGGUAGCAUGGCUCCUGCCAAAGACGAGCACAUCCCCUUAGAUUUCUUCACGAAGGUGAGGGACUCGGAAGUCGUGUUCCCGGUCCCAACCAAUGGGCUGCGACACAACACCUUGCCUCUGUCCAAGCUGGUGCCCAUCCUUCCCAAGCCGGAGCCAGGGGCUGGCGUGGCCACCCCCGUGAACAGGAUGACCCCCGGUGCUGCAGCAGACUUCGCUGACGUCCAACAGAUGCUGAAGGUUGCUGCUGACGCCACCAUGCUCACCGCCCAGCCAGACGCCUCCGCCAAGACCAACCUGAAACCCCUCCCGCCGCUGCAUCGUAUCCCGGUAACCCCUCCCCACGCAUCCCCUGUGGUGCUCCGUAAGCAACCCCCGCCUCCUCCCCUCAAGUACAUACCAAAUGCGGGCAGCCAAAUGAAGGGAACAGGGCCUGCAAAGAUUCGGCCCAUCCUGCCAAAGCCUAUACAGACCUCACGCACUAGCAGCAAUACUGUGAAAACAAUGGACGGGAACGUUGUAGAAAGCCAGUCGCAGUCGGACUCCGACAAGGAAGAGGUGCCCGAGGAGGUAGCCCACGCGAAGAAGGGAGACAUGUACGUGUGUGAAUAUUGCAGUGAGAAGUUUCCCCUUGCCCGAGCUUACAAGAGCCAUGUCAGAACCCAUCUGGGUCUGGCUCCCUACCAAUGCAGGCAGUGCAACUAUGCAAGUCCAGACAAAAGCACCUUGGUUCGACACCUGCGAACCCACAACGGCGAACGCCCAUUCCAGUGCCUUCUCUGCCAGUAUGCCUUCACGACCAAAGCUAACUGCGAACGCCAUGUCAGGAAGAAGCACAAUCGGUUCUCCAAGGAGGACAUCGAGGAAGUGAUCACCUACAAUCAGUUUGUGAAGGACCCUCCAGUCGGAAGUGCCGAGACAUUCGGCUCUCCCGACACCAUCUGCAAGUACUGUGGCAAGGACUUCCGUUUCUUCCGCGCUCUCCAACACCACCUGCGCUCUCACAGCAGCUGCCGCAAGAAGCCUUACCAGUGUCGCUUGUGCGAGAAUGGAUUCUCCACCAAAAACAACUGCAUCCGCCACAUCCUCAAGCGCCACGAGAAUGUCGAUCAGAAGAAGAUAGACACCUACGUCAAGUUCCAGAUGCGGCUGAAGACAGAAUCAGAUGACGGUGAACAACAGACUUAUGAUCAUGACAGUGUCACACCCCAGUCUUUAGAAGUGAAUAUCAAGCAAGAGCCAUUGGAUUAUCAACUGGACCGUGCUGAAGGCCUUUCUGAUCAGCCGUUAGAUUUCAGCCUGAAGGGUGGAAGGAGUGCUGACAGCAGUUACUUGGCCUCCCCUGUCUCCAUAGUCAUUGAUGCUGGAGACUUUGAACAACCGUUGGACCUGAGCUUUAAAUCUACCGACGACUCCCGAAGUGAGUCAAGCCUCUCGCAGUCUGCCAGCGAAAGCGCACCAACAAACACUAGGAAGUACCGUUUCAAGGCAGAAUACCACAAGUACUACAACAACGACUGUGACCAGCUGGUCUGCCCCAUGUGCCCCAUGAAGUUCAGCCGAGGGGGAAGGUUGGAAGAGCACAUAAGGUCCCACACCAAGGAACGGCCAUUCCAGUGUCCCCAUUGUCCGUCUGCCUUCACCAUCAAGUCCAACCUGGAUCGCCACAUGAAGAACCAUGGUGUAACUCACCCUGCCCGGGGACGAGGGGGGAAUACAAGAGGGGGGAGUACACGAGGUGCAAAAGGACCAGGAAAGGGUCGAGGUGGAGCUGAAGCUGUUGCUCCUCGAGGCAGAGGACGGGGAAGGGGAGGAAGGGGUAGAGGCAAGAAGAGCUCUUUUGUGUCCACCAUCCUGACCAGGGCCCGUCGUUUCGUCCCUAUUGCUCCCAAACCUAUAAGCGUGACGUUGACUGUUGCCGAUCCUAUGGAUGAGCCAGCUGAGGAGAAACCUUCCCUGAACCACAGUAUGGCCUCCGACUCGAGCGGGGAAUUUGCCAGCGUGCAGAAUAUGCUGGCUGCUACCAACCCCGACAACUUCCAGACAUUCCUUCACUCCCCCUCCCCAGCGUUUGACUGUGACAUGGAGGUUCAGAAUGAUCCGGGAAACGAGGAGGUAGAGGAGGUGGACACCAGCACUGGCGAGAUGGAUAUUUCUAGUGAUGACACCCAGGGGCAGAAGAAGAGUUCGUAUUCCUCCUCCCCGAACCGCGUAUGCUGCCCCCACUGCCCGCGGACAUUCCCCUGGGAGAGCUCCCUCCGCAGGCAUCUCCUGACACACACGGGACAGAAGCCGUACAAAUGCCCCAAGUGUCCCAUGAAGUUCUCCACCAAGUCCAACCGUGAGCGCCACCUCCUGCGCAAGCACAACGGCAAGGAGAAGGAGGUGCAAAAAUCGGAAGGGUCCUACCAGUGUCGCAUUUGCGAGUACAGCGUCUUCGCGAACAAGUCCAACCUGCAUCGCCACUACAACAUUAAGCACCCUGACACGGACCUGUCGACAUUCCCCUGGGAUAAGGUGGAAUCAGAGCUGGAUGAGUCAGAAGAGUCAGCUGCAGAACAGCCACCAGAAGUGCUGCCUAAGGACUCCAUGGAAUCAUCCCUCGACAGUAGCCUUUGUCUGAAGGAGGGAGACGGGCUCCUGGCUUUCCACCAAAAGUUGUCCGCCAGCACAUCGGAGGCUCUAGCCAAGGCUGCUGAGAUCUGCGACCAAAUCAGCUGUGAGCUCCCAGAAGAAGGGAAGCUCAUCAUCGACGAAAAGGAAGAUGAGCCAGCAAAGCUGGGGAAGAAGAGAAAGAGAGCUGAAACAGAUUUGCCGGCAUCUACAACAAGUAGUGAAAAGGCGUCGCCCAAACAGGGAAAGAAACAAGGCAAAGAAAGCAAGGUCGAAGAGGAUGCCCAGUCAGCAAAGAAGGUGAAGAGGAUGGAGGUGAAGUGUAAUGUGUGUGGGAAGGAGUUCCAGUUCAUGAUGACGCUGACGCGCCACCUGCGGGUGCACAACAUGGACCACCCCUUCCACUGCUCCGUCUGUGACGCCGCCUUCACAACCAAGUUCAACUGCCAGAGGCACAUUGGCCGGGUGCACAAUGUCGAGCAUGAGAACACCGAGGCGAUGGUGGUGGAGAGACAAGAGGAGGCGGUACCAGAUGUAGAAUCAGAAGCUGACCUUGACCCUGACUCUCAACAUGCUACAACAAACUUGAUAGAAGACAGUGAUGAGUCCUUUCUACCUGACGCUGCACAGAAGACACAAAGCAGCUCAAAAAGGUGGAAACAAAGUUCCUCACCCGUUGAAAUUGAUUCUCUCAGUGCAAAGUUUGAAAGUGACGAAGUCACAUCAAACGAUGGCAGCGUGGACUUGUCAAGCAAUCCCACAACCAAGAGGAAACAGCAGUGCAAGAUUUGCGAGAAGCGUUUCUGGUCAGCGCAAGAUCUGAGGCGCCACAUGAGGUCUCACACCGGAGAGCGUCCCUUUCGAUGUUCCGGCUGCGAACGCACCUUUUCCCUGAAGCACAGCCUGGUGCGCCACCAGAGAGCCUGCUCCGGGCUAACAGAAAACACCCGCAGCCCUGGCAGAGAGCGCACUGCCUUGGAUGCCAUGGAGUCCACCAUAACAGAGUUUUUCUCGCCGACUGAUGACGGGCUGGGUGAUUUCGACAGCUACAGCAACCACAGCGCCAGCAACGCCUUUUCCGUACAGGACUUUUCCCUGAAGUCCACCAGCGAACCAAUCACCAUCGACGGCUUGGAGCUGGACCCAUCCAUCAUGAUCGUGCAGCCAGAAGACCCGCCCAACGACACCUUUGACCUUGGGGAGAUGGACGAAGGUCGUCUGGAGGACAGGAGACACCCGUGGGACACAGACUCCGAUAACGGCUUGGACACAACGCCCCACAAUGUGUACCUGGUCACGCCGAGGGACAGUAAGGACAUCCUUGGGUCAGCAGCACCCGACAGCGACACGCUGCCCAGCUCUACGCUAGGCUCUGACAUCAUUCAGAACCUCCUGGGCAUCCAGGACUCGUCUGUGAUCGACCAGAUGCUGGACUCUGCCGACUCUGCUGCUAGACUCCUGGGGGUGGAGUGACAAACAAACAGGACAGCCUUGGUGGGACAUCAACACUGAGUGCUUUAGACAGAGGGGUGCUGGUGUACAACUGGUUUGGGAGACAACAUCAAAUAGCAAUUCCUGAUUAUAUACUGCCAAUGGAACAAGUUAUCAACAUUUACCAUCCUUGUUCUAUAUAUUAUUAUGACCUAUUAGUCAUAUUUUGGAUAUUAUGUACAUAAAAAUGAUUUGGUGUGGGCUGUGGGUAAUUGUUUAAAGGCCAGGAUUAUUGAUAAGGUACUAUUAGCUAUAUAUUGUUGAGACUAAAAUAUUAUAAUAGUUAUUGAUUUGUGAUGGAUUGGUGUAGAGUUAAAUACCAUAAAUGAUUUUGUUGGCUGUUUACUGGUAAUACUUUCCACUUGGAAGUUUGUGGUCGAUUUUUAUUAUUCUAGAUGGAUGAAGAGUAACAUUUUCUUUUCUGGGGUUAACUUGUAUCUUAA